AUGUCUAUCAUCCAGCUAGUCCCUGGUGUGCAGUCGUAUGACUGGGGGAUCCCUGGUAGUCGUGAUGACUGUUUGGUGGCGAACUUUGCGGAGAGGACACCCGAAUUGAAUCUGGCUCGUGAGAUGGACAGGCCCUAUGCGGAGCUGUGGAUGGGCACACACCCUACGCUGCCUGCACGUGCCAUUCUGAAGGACCAUACCACACCCCUUCUUAAUGAUGUUUUGGUUCAAGACCACACGAAGGUUGGACAUGAUGUGGAGCAUAUCUUUGGCGUGGACAAGACGCGGGGUGCGCUCCCGUUCUUGUUCAAGGUGUUGAGCAUUAACAAGGCGCUCUCGAUACAGGCCCACCCCGACAAGAAGCUGGCAGAAAAGCUAAACGCGGAGAAGCCUAAUAUGUACAAGGACGAUAAUCACAAGCCUGAAAUGGCCAUUGCUCUACAGCCAUUUGAGGGAUUCUGUGGCUUCCGGCCUUUGAAGGAGAUUGCCGAGUUUGUGCGCACCAUUCCUGAGCUCCGUCAUGUACUGGGAGCCGACCAGUCCAUGUGCGCGCGCCUACAAGAAGCUGCGGAACUUCAAGUUCAGUUGAACAAUGCCCAGGUGCAAGAGACCGUGCGUGCUGCAUUGAAAGGCGCUUUUUCGGCACUGAUGCAUGCCAAGAAAGACACAUACGCACCAGCUGUGGCCACCUUGGACAAGCGGCUACGCACCAGUCAAGAUGCUGCCGUGCCCUCUGAGCUGUCCGAGCUAGUGCAGCGACUCAACGAGCAAUAUCCCCAGGACGUGGGAGUGCUGUGCAUCUUUUUCUUGAACUAUGUGCGUCUGCAGAAGGGAGAGGCCAUAUUCCUCAAGGCCAACGAGCCUCAUGCCUACCUUUCCGGGAACAUUCUGGAAUGCAUGGCCGCCUCUGACAACGUGGUCCGAGCUGGUCUGACCCCCAAAGCCCGUGACGUCGAUGUAUUGGUGGAUAUGCUGACAUAUGAGAGCUGCAGUGCUGAGAAGCAGCGUCUUGAGUCGCCUCUAUGGGAGGGAGAUGCUACUAAGUCGACCCUCCUGUAUGAUCCGCCAAUUCCUGAGUUCUCCAUGUUGAUGACCAAUGUGGCCGCCGGUGCCAAAUCGGAACACCGCGCGAUUAAUGGGCCCUCUAUCGUGCUAAUUACCCAGGGCUCAGGCGCUUUGAAAGCAGGCAGCGAGAGUGUGCCGGCCAGCAUGGGUCGCGUUUUCUUCGUCGCGGCCAACACGGUGCUCACGGUAGACGCCUCGGAACCACUCAUCAUGGCACGUGCGUUUGUCGAGCCUAGCCCCUAA